AUGAACUGGACUGGACUAGAAUGGACAGGCCUGGACUAUACUGGACUGGACUUGGUUGGACUCUACUGGAUUAGACUGGACUGGUCUGGAUUGGACUUGGCUGGACUGCACUGGACUGGACUGGACAAAACUGAAAUGGACGGCACUGGACUGGACUUGGUUGGACUCUACUGGAUUAGACUGGACUGGUCUGGUUUGGACUUGGUUGGACUGCACUGGACUGGACUGGACAAAACUGAAAUGGACGGCACUCGACUGGACUGGACUGGACAGUACCGGACUGGACUGGACUGGUCUGAACUGGACUGGAGUGCACGGCACAGGACUGGAAUGGACUGA